GGGCAAACUAGGUUCAAGCAGGGAAGAUCCCGGCCGCCGCCCGGCUAUUUCUGGCGCGGGCGGCAGUGACGAAUGAUUAAGAUUCUCGCAUGUCUCAUCGCUGCCCCAACAAUGCCACUGUCAUGCGUGCGGCAGGCUUCCUGCAUCUCCCGAACUCCAGAGGCGAUGAUGAUGCGUGUUGCUGGUGACACCUGCAAGCUGCUGGGCGCCAUGGACGUAGACAUGGGUGGUUCAUCUUGGACGCCCAUGCCAUGCCUUAUCGUUCGUCCUGCCGCUCCGCACUAGCGCGCCGGGAGUAAUGUCGCCAUCUCAUCCUCCCGGCGCAGGUACCGGGAACGAGAUUAGAACGAGGCCUUUGCUCGCGCGCCUGCGCUCCGCUGCCGAGGCU